CCACCCAAACUACCAAGAUCACAAACCUUGCCAGCAAAACUGCAAGAAUCGCUGGCUGCCCUUUGCUUUUUUGCAUCUCAUUCACUAUCAGCAUCCAGCAUCACGAUCACCAGUUCCUGUUCCAGUUCCUGUUCGUUCUUCGCAGAAUAUUCAAGCCUUGAUGGUUUCUGUUGUGCAAUCCGAGGCUCGGAAUUGGGGGUCAAAUGUCACAUCUACCAUUGGUCCCUCGGUCUAGUAGAUUGAGAUAUUAAUGUGAUAUGACAGGUAGAAUCCUGUGCACAACAUGUGUGUAGAGUAAGUAUAGCACAGGGCAUCGCAUAGCAUAGCAUAUUCAUGUAAGGUCAAGGUAGGUCAAGGUAGGUAAAAAGGCUUUGAUACAGAUUUGACCAAAUAAUUCGAUUGCCAUAAACGAAGAAUUGGUCAAGGGGAACCUCGGCGUCGCUCAUUACAGGAUGGAUAUUCUCCUCUGAUGUAUUCACGCGUCAUCUUCGAUCACUUUACACACUCAAUGUGUGUGCCAUCUAUUUCCCUACUUUCCCGCUGUAGUAGCAAGGGAAGGAGUUCCACUUUCUGGCAAAGUCGGCGAGUCUAUAUUCCCCAGAACCCAGAAUUUACGUUGGGUCCUUGGUCGUAGGACCGAAUCAUCAUGGAACAGUAUUGUGAUAGACUGGAUUUCGAUCCCUGGGUAGAUCCAAUGGUUCAGGCUUGAGAGGACUGGAGAUUAUGAUGGGUUGGAGAAUGGAUGAGCUGAUGAUAGGGUGAGAUAUCAAUCUGUUUGAUGAAAGGUUUCUGAUAAGUAUACAGAAAGAUGCCCUUAACAUAAAGGUUUUGGUUAGAGUUUUUUUAAUGAUUCAUGUCGACAUUUUUCACUAUAUUCCUGACAUGAAGAUAUAAAACUUUGAACAAGCAAUACGAAAAUUUAAUAUUUAAUUGGUUCACUAUUUAAACACCUGGAGACUUCUUCCCACGCCUAGCUAUAACGAGGCAUAUUUAUCUCUCUCUCUCUCUCUAUAUCCAUACAUAUCUAGGUAUUUGAACCUCUCUACCUAUAUACUUCCCCAAAGUUGUCACGGCCGUUGUUGCUGCUGCCCCCUCUUUGAAACCCCAUCGGUGCCAUCACUAUCUUCCACCUUACCAUAUCCAACCUUACGCCACACUUGUCGACCCAUUCCAGAUUCAAGUCAUCCUUCCUUUACAUACUCCCGUACGAAAGUACCUCGGAGGAUCAAGAAAACAGGCUGGCUCGCUCACUCUGCCCACAUUUGGUUUUGCAUUGCACUUGCUAUUCGUCAUAUCCUGCCCACAAUACCUGACUGCAAGAACAAGAAUUUGGUAUUGUGACUACAUUCCAUAGCAAUCAAUAUUAAUUACCUUGGAUAAUCUAAGAAGAAAAGAGAGAGAUCCUUCCUGCCUCUCCUCCCUCGUCUUUUCUCCUCCUCUUCAACAAAAAGAAGGUUCAAUCAUUUUCUGGAAUAUAUCCAAUCAACCUAGAUCAGAUCGGAUCAGAUCAAAUCAAAUUCAUUAGAAAAAUCGAUUGAAAAGGAUCUUCCUCUUCAAACAGAAUAAUAAGCAUAAUCCCGUCACAAAUCUCUCAAUUUUCCUCGCAUUCUUACUAUACAGCUGCUGCUUGUUGUCCAAUUAUUCAAUAGUUAUUCUUUUGACUGGUUGGGCUGUACACGAUCUUUAAAAGCGGCCAGUUUAAAACCCUUAUGACUGCACCUUUCCUAAACGGACAUUCAGCUACAAUUACAGUCGACAGGGGGGAUUAAAAAAAGACACACUCGACACACCACUCCUCGCAAACCCAGCCUUCUCUCGCUUUUGCCACUUUCUCCCACUCUUCCUCUCACACCGUCUUAUCUAAAAAUCAAUUCUUCUUUUGAGUAGUGAGUCUUCAAGACAAGAGUCAAAACUUCCAUCGAAAAAAAGAAAAAACACAAGGGGAACAAACAGAUCGCCAGCUCAGAGAAAAUAUCCCAGUCAUCAUUCGUCUAGAAGGUUAAAUUAUUUACUUGCCUCUUCCUAGAGUACGACUUCAUAUUACACGACAUUAUUAUACCAGCUUCCGCGUCUCCUGCGUUACCACUCUCUGGGAUUGGAUAGGACCUUUUCAAAUCUUACACCCUCUUCUCAUACGCUUUCCAAGCUUCAAAGUUACUCAGGACCAACCGAUCCUUUCUCGUACUUCCACAGGAUUACUUCUUCUCGAGGCUCCCAUUCACCCCCCCCGCCCCGGAUAUUGAGAAAGUUUUCCACUUCUCUAAACAGGAUUUUCUUCUAGGCCGUGUUCUGACUAUCCAAUUUGUCACCGGUUAUUUUGUGUGCUACCACAUUCAUUCCCUAGGCUGACUUGUGUGUGAUUUGCAUUCCAAAAUCCUCACUUCUGGUCCUUCUCUUUCUCUUCCUACCAACCUUUUCCUGGAUCAUCAUCAUGUCGCGACGUGACGAUAGAGAUAGCAGAGCUUCGCGCUCGCAACCGCAGCCACCACACUCAUCUGUUAGCAGGACAGGCCAGUUUGUUAUUGACGCUGAAGGUAUCGACAGAGAAGUUAUCACGGCCGACAUCUGCCGGUAUCUUGGUAACGAUGCUCUCGUCAAACCGGGUGACGUGGAAGACCCGAGGACGAAACAACUUAAGCCUGUAUACGUGAUCACAGCUUACAGGAACCUCACAAAUGCGUCUGCAGACUGGCGAGCUGAGAGACUUGCUAGAUCGAAUGCACAAUACCCUACAAAUGGUAUCUCUUUAAGGGAUUCGAACGAGAUAGUUCGAAAAUCUAACACCCCUAUAGUAGUGGACUACAGAAGUUCAAAUGCACUCGAUCAAUCUAUUGCUCGAAUGGAUAGAAUGGAUGCAACACAGCCUCGACCUGCUGCACAACAAGGGAUGUAUAAUUCACCAUCGGCUGCUGUGCCCAGUUCCCAAUCAUAUCAACCAAGUGGCCAGGGUUACUCGGCGGGUUACAGCCAGCCCACAAGUUACCAGAAUGAUGGCUACACCCAGCCAUCAUCACAACCGUAUGCUCCUUCCACCCAAGGAUACCCACAUGACUCCAGGACUUAUAUCCAUGGAUCCAAUUAUUCUGUUGCUGAACCACCCGCUGGCCGCGGCGGAUCUGUUCCUCAGUCAACUCCUAGGACUCAAUAUCCACCUAGUACAUCCUACCAAGCACCUACAACGCAGUACUACUCCCAAUCUGGACCACCUGCAUCAACACCAGCAUAUGCCGCCCAUGCACCAACAGAUCCCUACUAUAGUAGUCGUGCUGCUCCAUCAGGCAAUUAUGAGUCCACUCCGGAGAUAUACGACAGCAGAGCGUACCCGGAAAGUUCAGAUUACCAGAUGCAAGAUGCCGGAUAUACUGAACCAGGCUCAUCAUACCAGGAACCUGUAUCAUACUCUCAGCCAAUGCCAUCUGGACGAAGUGGCACCGCCACUUCUUCGUCUCAAAGACCGCGUGACCGGGACAGUAGGGAUGACCGUGACAGACAUCACCAGCGCCGCAGGAAUUGAUCUUCUCUCUGGGACGUAAUUGAUUUGUGCGAUACUGUUUCCUCGGACUCUUAUCAUGUCCUGGCGUUUUUUUUCAUUGCUUUAUUCCCUGGAUUUACUGGAACACUGGACCAAUCAAAGGAAGCUCCCAUAUUAUGGAUCCAGACGAGACAAAGGGUACUUUACGACUUCAUCGGAAUCUUAAUAAAAAGCCGAGAAUGCAAUAGGUAUUGCAUCUUGGAUAUCGAGGUAUGGUCUUUAUGUUACCAGGAUUUUCUAUCAUACCCAUCGCUAGACUACCACGAACUGGACCGAAUACGGAAUGUAUUAUCGGAGAAUUGCCGCGGAUGUUUAUCAUGAACUUUGCAUGUGCAGAGCAUUUAUCCCCGGCUUUAUGAGCUUCGAAAGACCAAUUGAGGAUAACGGAUGUGUUUUUGCCUUCUUGCAUUUUUCAUCUGUCAGUUGCAUCAGUUUUUGCACACGCACAGGCCGUUGGGGCGCAUCAUGAGUUUAUGUUUUCUUGAAAGUUUCUGGAUUAUUUUAGGAUACCAUCCCUCAUACUUGCUGCCUUGGACCCAAAUUUCCGGAAGCCCCGCCGGCUGGUAUUUCCUCCAUACCACGUUUCGUGAUUUGGUUAGUAUCUUAAUACUCGUCAGAGCAUUCAGGUCUGGGUUCAGGCAGCAUUGUAGAGGAGUUUGUAUAUACAUCGACAGCAGCCAUUCAAAGGAUAAUUUCAGCACUUCAAAAUAAUGCCCAUCUACUUCAUUUUAUGGAUUCCUUUGUGGUCAAGACCCGACCAUGGAUUUUCAUCACUGACUUUCAAGCAUGGCUUCACAGCACAGGUAUAGUGAAACCAUCCGGUUUUGGGACCUCUUUCUGGAUUGGCCUUCUUUUCAUUUGGACCUGGAUUGCUACCCUUUCGGACUACCGUCUCUUGGAUUUCAAAAGUUCAAACCUUUGGACGUGCUAUCUCUCGAUAUUCCCUCCAUUGCGUUCGUGUUCGAUUCAGGUGUGUAUCAUGGACGAAUCGGCUCAAAUUCAGUCUCUCUUCGUCGCCUUGUCCAUAUGAAUUCCAUCGAGUUCCGGAGCAUCGGAACAUCUGACCUUUCCAUGGAUUACAGAAGGUUGUUGGGCGCCGCCUGACACAGUCCCGAGUAAUGAGAAGUGUGGUCCAAACAGACACCAAAACAUCCAAGCAACAAUAUGAAAGAGGCCCCGUGAAUCGACCCAUUGCAAGCAUAUUCCUGGCUUGGACUCGGCAUCCCAACUUGAGAUCCAUCGCUCCCUCCAAGCGGGCCUUGAAGAAAGACACAUAAAUCAUUCAAAUUGGCCACUGAACCUCCCGAGGACUAUCUGCACCUUGCAGUAUUGUGUCAUAUCUCGCCUCAUCUCAGCACUAUCAACAGUUUCUUGCAUGGUUUCAAAUCCAGGAUAGCAUUCUUGAUCAUCAUUCGGCCCUCAUAAAACAUAUCCACAUUGGACGUCCAAUACCGUGGUCAUUUACCAGCAGCUGUUAGCCAUUCUCCUGAAGACGAAUCGGCUAGCCACGAGGCAUAACGGCCGGCUUGCACAAAGGGAAAUCUUCUAACCUGUCCUCUUCAUUGACUUCCGACAGCAGUAGGAAAUUGCAUGUCAAAAUUGGGAACCUCAAGAAAGGUGGUUUGGCUUCAGCGCGUGUCAUUUCAAUAAUUUAGGGUGGCAAUAGUCUGUUAUUUCUUUCUCUUAAUACUCUGCUCGCAUGUUUGCGGGCCUGAGUUGUACGAUUGGGAUCGGUUUCAUUCCAGUUCUGUGGAGGUUUGAAGGACUUCAUAUUCGUUUCCGGUUGGGUUGUGAGGAAACCUAGUACGCAUGGCGGUUCGGUUGGUCAGUCGAUCGGUGGCAUGGUGUGGCCAUUGGCACAUAUUAUCAUUUACAUCAUCUCGCAAAACGGCAUAGGUGGCAUAAAUUUAGAUGCUAUUACGCCAUCGCUACUCAUGGCCUUUUAAUAACUAGUUUUCGUUUCAUGUUACAUUUGGAUUUCUAUUAGCUAUAGUGUUCUGAUGGUAGACCAUUUGACGGUGUGUAAUGAGAUGAAUAACGGUUGAAACUGCAGCUCUAUGCAACACUCAGGGAAAUAAUGAUAAAAAAACAUUUUAGAAGACUAGAUUCUAACGUUGUAACUCUUGCUAGUCUUA